CUCUACUUCCUUGAAGUUUGGCAAACACCAUCAUGCUCCAGAGGGUGAAAGCACGAGGAAGCGCCGCUAUGCUGCGCCCUUCGCUUCAAGCACUCAAGGACAAGGCAGAGCUCAGUCUGAGCAAGAAGACUGGGGACGUCGUUCUCUUCAGCAAGAACAUGAACAGCAACACAGGGAUGACCGACCUCAGCUUUGAAACACACAAGUCCAAGAAGCGCGUGAGUAUGUACUUUACGUCCAAGCCCGACGGCAUUGCGUCGUACCGCCGUUGCGCGGCAAUGUUGGCCAAUAUCGACACCGUGGAGCUGCAGUACACGCCACAGUUUGGCCAGUCCAGGAUAUCCUUUGAGUGGGACUCGUUCUGGAUCAUGAUGGAACAGAACGAGCUCGGGUUUCUCGCGUCCGAGUCGACGCAGCCGCUUCUUCAGCUUAGUGGGGGGAGUCCGUCACAAGACUACAUAGACGUCGACGGUUCGGUGGACGGCGGGGCGACUUUUGACAUGGAGUUUGAGGAAGUAAAAAAACUCGAAUGAUUCUAGUGUCAUGGAAUGCCUUGCUGUGCUGCGUGGUAUCGAUGCGAGACGAAAGCGGCGCUUGUCGACUCGAUACACGUAGACCAGCCAUCCAUCUAUACUAGUACACGAAAUCCAUGCAUCAUCGAGU